GAGGAGGUGGAAGAGCACAAGAAGAACCUGUCUUCGUUCGGGAGUUCCAAGGAUUACAUCGACGCCUACCUCACCGAAAUGGAACAACAGAAGUCUCGAGGAGAAAUCAAUCCCAAUUUCUCAGAAUUCCAAUUGCGAGUGAAUAUCUCGGAUCUGUUCCUCGCCGGAAGCGAGACGACUUCCAACACCAUCCGUUGGUGCGUCCUUUUCCUCCUCUGUCAUCCUGAAAUUCAGGAGAAACUUCAGGCUGAAGUUGACGACGUCGUCGGGCGCGACAGACUUCCUUCUCUCAACGAUCGAGACAGGAGACAGAAAGGGAAGGUGAAAUGA